AUGGCUACACAGCAAUCUUACUACGAGCUCUACCGCGGUAGCAGCCUCGGUCUGUCUCUCACCGACACUCUUGACGAUUUGAUCAACGAGGGUCGCAUCGAGCCUCAGCUCGCAAUGAAGAUUCUUUCUACCUUUGACAAGAUUGUCACCGAAGUGCUGGCAGACAAGGUUCGAGCCAGACUUACAUUUAAGGGCCACCUAGAUACCUACCGAUUCUGUGACGAAGUCUGGACCUUCUUGAUCAAGGAUGUAUCGUUCAAACUGGAUAACCAGACCACAGUCACUGCGGACAAGGUGAAGAUCGUGAGCUGCAACAGCAAGCGACCGGGCGAAGCAUAA